AGGCGGAUAAGGAAUAUCCAGAAAAAAGACAUUCCCCCUCUCUCUUGUCUCUGUUUCUCUAUGCCCAUGGAGUCAGAGUCGAAGUCGAAGAAAUGGGUUGGAAGAACGACCGCGUGCUUCCCGGCGACGACCGUAGUUGAGGCAUGGGCCAUUGCCGGAAACUUCUGCGCGGCGCACAAGUGGCUUCCGUUGGACACGUGUUGCAAGAUAGAGGGCGAGGAGAACGAACCGGGCUGCAUCCGGCUCUGUGGGAGCAGGCUCAACUGGGUGAAGGAGCGGCUCGUUACUUUUGACCCGGUCGGUCAUACCUACGCGUACGAGAUUACAGAAAGCAAUAUGGGAUUUGGUAACUACCUCUCCUUCGUUAAGUUGAUUCCAGCGGGCGAGGAAGGCUGCCAGGUUGAGUGGGCGUUCGAGGCGGACCCGGUCGACGGAUGGACCAAGGACGGUUUGGUAUCGUACAUGCAGACCGCCCUUGAAGCCAUGGAGAAAGCAAUCCUCCUCAAUAAUGGAAAGUAAUUAAUUUGCUACUCAAAUUUUGAAAAAAAUAUUAUUUCGUAUUUUGUAUUGUACAGCGAUUGUUGGACAGAUUCACGAAACCUAAGGCGAGUCGUGAAUAAAUAGUGAUAUUUUCAUCAAUUAAGAUGUUUUGAUUUUGGCGAAUUCUGAUAUUGUUUUAUUACGAUUUACAGGAUGGAACCAUAGAUUAUUUGGUAA